UGCCGUCUUCACCACACAUGUCUCACCUCAUGCAGAGAAGUAAAAUUACGUGAAAUCUUCAUGUUGCUGUAACGUUUUUUUUUUUACUAUUCCAAACAUUGCCCGUGAUACACGUGAAAAUGGCGGAUCUACCAACAGACCUGAAAGAUUUUCUCCAGAAUCACCCUUUCCUUCAGGUCAUUGACGCCAACAAGAUCAAAUGCACCUUGAAUGGACACGAGUUUCCCUGCAACCUGAUUGAACUAAAGAACUUCACUUCGGGGAAAAAGUUCAAGAAGUUGAGUGCGGUUGCAGAAUUUGACUACAGUCAGUAUGAGCCCCACGUGGUAUCAAGUAGGAAAGAGCCCAAUCAUCUCUUCUGCAAGCUGACCCUUCGACAUAUCAAUCGCCUUCCUCACCAAGUUCUAAGGCAUGUCAAUGGGAAGCGGUUUCAGAAAGCGCUGCAGAAAUACAAAGAGUGCCAGCAACAGGGAGUGGCAUAUGUCCCUGCUCCUCUCCGGCAGAAGAAGCGACCCAGAGACGCAGAUGACUGCAAAAGUGAACGACAGAACAACCACAAGAAAAAAGGAAACGGAGAGAUGUGGGAGCCUAACUCCAGUGAGGGAGAGGGCAGUGAUUCAGAAGACAGCUUGUCAGACCUUUACCCAUCAACCCUCUUUACUGUAAAUGAGCCAGAGAAAACGGCAGGUGGGGAGGAAGAUGGAGAUGAUUUUGAGACUGAUAACGAGGAAAUGGAGGUUUCUGCCACGGAGGAAGAGAAGCAGGGUCCACAGAAACGCAAAAAGAUGCAGUCUGGAAACUUCGAGAAGAAGUUUAAGAACAGCGGGAAGAGAAAAGGGUUUAAAUUCACUGAUAAAAACAGAAAUGGGAAAUAAAAUGCUUGGCUGUUUAUUGACCGAU